CCAUCAACCAUCAACUAUCCACAGCUACCAGAACCUAUCAAUCGAUUUGUAUUAUUGAAACCACUACCAACUAUCAAAACUAGUAUAUACUUUAACAUAACAUCACCAAGUCAACCAAUUCCAACUGAACUUCGAUCUCACCUUUAACUUCAACUUCAAUCUUUCAUUCAUCUUGACUGCUUCUUUGUUCGGUCACCAACGGAAAGUUAAUUCAAAUCAAUCCAAUUCAUCAAAUCAGAUCAAAUAUAUACUCCUAAUCUACUACUAGUUUUGCUCAUCAUUACUCUUGCUUGUCCAACUCAUUAAUCAAUCUUAUUCUAUCGACCAACUUUCUGCCUUCUGGUUGGCCUAUCUAGUAAGCAGAACCCCAUCAAACCGCGUAACCGAAUAUUCUAGCGUCUUCAAAUCACAAUUCGAAUCCACGAUGGCUACUCCUUCUGCUCCGAUCACUGAGUUCAAUGAAGGCGAAACUCUAACGUCUUCAAACUCUUUGCUCUUGGUAUUACUCAAACCUACUGCUAUGGAGUCGAUUGGCCUUUCUCACAAAGAUGAAACUAUCAAAGUUCACGCCUUCAAGACUGAAGUGCAUCAACUUAAAACUCAUAUCUCUCGCAACUGGCCUGGUAAACCGAGACUUGAAGGAAUCCGUUUGAUCGCACGUGGAAAGAUUCUUGAUGAUCGUGAAUUGAUUAGCGUAGCCUUAUCUAGUACACCUGGUGAUGAUUUCACACAUCCGAUUCAUGUCGUUGUUAGGCCGAAUUGCUGGUCCGAACAGGUCUCUGUAACACCAACACCAGCCAGACCCGUGUCUGCUCCACCCACUACCGCAGUCGAUGCUGGACCGCUUCUCGGUGCAGCUGCUCCAAUCUCACCGUUCCAACAAACUAAUCCCCUGAUCUCAUCUGCUGUUCUCAACUCACACGACCAGACUCAAUCCAAUCCGACUUCAACAACUCUUCCAUCUACACCACAAAAUACGCUCCCUUCCACUGUACCUUCUCCGCAUCAUGCAAUCUUCACGCACUUCUGCAAUCUCACUCGAUCACAGAGACAGGCAUUUGUUGACAACCUCUACAAAGCUCAGUUUGGUUUGGUCGAACGAUUGGAAACUUUAAGGCUUCGUCUCUAUCAAAACCAAGUCGAAGUUUUAGGUCUACAGAUGCACCCCAUCCAAAAGUCAUUUGAACAAGAUCAAUUGGCAAAAUAUGAGGAUGAAAAAUGGACGGUGGUGGAUGAGAAAUUGACCAAAUUGCUGGUGGACCUUCAAUACUGGGGUACAUAUGUAGAACCGUAUGAGCCCACUGAAUUUCAAGAUUAUCAGCUUUCUUAUCAGCACUAUCAGCAAAAUCGUCAGAGUGAAUUCGAGCGUGUCGAGAUUUCUGGCUUGCCCUUUUUGCUUCAUAUCCCCCGGAAUUUUCAAAUCCAGAGCAACCAAGAACAUUUCCUGAGAAACAUCGGUACUCGAGUUCCCCCAAGCACUCAAGUCACCACCUUCAAGAAACUCAAAAAAGAAAUGAACCGAACACUACAUCUUGAAAAGAGAUUACACUUGCUCAUUCUCCAAGUGAAAAAAUUGGAAGCUAGUUUCAGUCACGUUGACGGGCUUGUGUCAUCCACCAAUGCUCUUGUUGGUAACCUAUCCCUUGGAUCACUGGGGAUUAGCUCUCCCUUCCGCCUUCACAACGCGCCUUAUCUUGCUGGUGCGAACCCCGUUCCUGCUCAACAAGCUCAAGGUGGUCUCGGUAGGCCUCCAGCAGUACCGGCGCCUGGUAUCAUGCAGUUACCGCCACAUGGACCUAUGGGUUUGGUGGGGGUGGGCAUGGGCGGAGUUAAUCCACCAGCUCUUGGUGUCGCCGGCGCAGGUUUACCCGUUGCUGGUGCCGGACUUGGUAUCGGACCCAAUGGAAUGAUUCAAAUGCCAGCUGAAUGGAUGAUGCCACCCAACGGUCUUGCAUGGCCACACGUUCCGAUGGCUCGUACAAGGCGUUAUGAAUUCACGAUCAAUUUAGACAACAUUCGACGUUACUUGGCCCCUUUACUCUGGUUAUCUAUGAAACUUGGGGUUUUGCUGUAUGUGUUUGGUCGUAAUGCUAGUUUCAAUAAACGGGUGAUCUUGAUUGGGUUGGCAGUAGGCUGGGUUCUCUGGGAAGCUUUUGCGAUCGGUCAACGCUAUGAAGCACAAGCUAGAAGACGAGAAAGACUUCAGCGGCAACAAGCGGGCGCAGGUGGUGGUGGACCGGUGGAUCCAGUCCAGGCGGUGUUAGAUCGAGGUCGAAGGCGAGCACAAAGGAUGAGAGAACAACGUCUCCAAAGAGAUGCACCGGCUCCGGAUAACAAUAAUCUAAACCUUCCUAACCUCCCUCCUAAUGGAUUAGCCAACCCUACUCCGACGGCACCAGCGGCUGUACCACCAGCAGCGCCAGACUCUGCCGCCGCGCCACCUCCAGCCCCCGCACCAGCAGCAAUUGAAGCACCUCCCGCUGUCGAUCCACAACCAGCUAGACGACGAAAUCUUCGAGCGAUUGCUGAACAAAUCCGAGCAAGAGGUGGAGCUUUCCCACCAGGUACAGAAGUUAGACCGUUUAGGACCACAUCAGCCUUUUCACCUAGAUAUUGGUUUAAUUCGAUUGCAGUAGUAGGAUUAGCAUCAGAAUAUAGAGAAUUAGGAUUACAUCCGAUUGGAGAAAGAUCAUUAGGAUCAUCUAAUAAUUUAGAUUAUCCAAAUUGGUAUAAAUUUUUAAGAAAUUUAAAGAUUUGUUUAAUCUUAUUUUUUGGUACACUUUCACCUGAAAUUGAAAAGAAAAGGAAAAAAGCAUUAGAGAAAAGAACUAGGAUUUUGAAAAUGGUGAUUGCUGAUGCAGCUAGAGAAAGAACUAAUAGACAACCUACGGAGACUAAUGUUCCAUUAGCACCGAUUCCUAAUACUACAAAUCAAGAACAGAAUGCAACCGUUAUUGGGAAUGAGAAUACGAAUGAUCGAGAUACAACUCCGAUUACUUCAAGUGUUGUUUCGGCCAGUGGAGUUGAUCAUCAUUCUACUAGUGAUGGAGUUAAUAGUACAUUAGUUUCUAGACAUCGAGUUGAUCAACCUAAAAGUAUUGAAGUCAAUGAAACGACCAAUCAAUUGAAUUCAAAUGAAAGUUUACCAAUUGUUAAUAAUGAAAGUAGACCUACCACCACCACCACAAGUCCACCCACAAGUUUACCCACCAUUGUGAUUCCUCCAAUUGCUGGUCCUUCUACUACUACUACUUCCACCUCUACAAGUACUAAUCAAGAAAACAAGAAUGAUAAUCUUCAAACGGGUUUAGGUAGAGCACAAGAAGAAUUUGGUGGUUUAGAACCUCCUUUAACUCCUUCGAAUGAAAGACCUGGUGUUGUACCUGGAUUAGAUGAUACUGAUGAUGAAGAUUUAGUAGUAGGAGAAGAUGAAGCUGGAAUGAUGUUAUUUUGAGAAACAAUUUCAGAAGAAGAGAGAGAGAAAGAAAGAAAGAAGAUAUAUAAUUUAAAAUUAAAAAAAAGGAAGAGACAUUUUUUUUUCUUUGAAAGAUAUGAAGGCAAAGUGGGUUUUUUCUUUUUUCUUUUUUUGAUCUUGUUAAUUGAAAUCCAAAAAAAAAAACUUGUUUUCUUAAAAGACCAAAAUAAAAAAAAUCGUUUUUUUCUUCUUUUUGUUACUUUUCUUUCCUUUUUCCUUUUACUUUUUUUUUGGGAUAUAUAUCAAAAGUCUUUCUUUAUUUUUCUUUAGUAUUAUAUAUAUAUAUAGAUUACAAAUACACGCAAUGCAGUGUGAAAGUUUUUUUUGUUUUUGUUUUUUUGAUAUGAUCUGAUCUGAUUGAUUGAUUGAUUAAAUAAAUGUGUAAUUAAAUGAUGAAUUUGAGAUGGUUCUUUGGUUAA